AUGCCCCAGGGAACCUCGGAUUGUUUCCGCUACAAGUCACUACAGGGAGUCGGCGCAAUCAGACUCUUAGCGCUGCAGCCAUCUCCUGAACAACAAGAACCUCUCUCCGGGGCACUGGUUCACACCACUCUUGAUGAGUGCCUUGAUGAUUUGAUUGGAGGAUAUACGGCCUUAUCUUAUGUUUGGGGUUUGCCGGACAAGACUCAUUCGAUCCAUCUAGGCCAGGAUGAAGUCCAAAUUACUGCCAGCCUAGACGCGAGCCUCCGGGCCCUGCGUGAUCGAGCGAGAGUUCACCUCAUUUGGGCAGACGCGCUCUGCAUUAAUCAGGACGACAUUCCAGAGCGCAAUGUACAGGUCUCCAUGAUGGGACAGAUCUACUGGACCGCACGAAAUACUGUAAUUUAUUUGGGGGAGGAAACUGAAGCAACUGCUAUCAUCUUGACAGCUGCGCAGCGUAGACACACGCUGGAUGAGCAGGCAGUGGGAACCGUGAGCCGUCUUCAUGACGAAGUAGCCGAAGACUACAUCGGUUUCAACUUCCAGCAAGAUGAGCAAGACGAGCAAGACGAGAAAGUUGGAGGUCCCGACUCACCUGUUUCCUUUGUAGAAUCAUCAAAGGCGACAGACGCGUUCGAUGCGAAACAUGAAUUGUCAAAGGUUUUGAGGCAGGCGGCUCAGAUGGACCUGCUCCGUCGUCCUUGGUUUCACAGAGUCUGGAUAUACCAAGAAUUGGUCCUUUCGAGGCAGCCUUGGGUGCAGUGCGGUCAACAGCGAGUUUGGUGGUCUGACUUGUGCAAUUUGUUGCUCCCAGUGAUCGGCGACUCAUUUGGGGACUCGUUUGUCAAGGACAUGGAUGAUGUCCGCUGCAGUUUUCAUUCCAGCGGGCAGGGAAAGCUUGGGAUGAGGGGCUGGGGUCUCAGAGACCUCUGGGAGGGUAAUCGACCUCUUUGGGAGAUCCUCCAUUCUAGGCGUGGGAGCCAGGCCACGGAUCCGAGAGAUAUGGUUUUUGGAUUCAUGUCGCUCCAUUCGGACCGGGAUCGCGUAAUGAGACGAAUCUGA